AUGCAAAACCAGUUCGUCCAAGAACAGGUUGCUGAAGAGCGAGCUGGCAGAGGAAGCGAAGGGGGGGUGAAUGUGGUGGGAGGGGCAAGAGGGGCAUGCGUGAGUUUCCCUCAUGUGCAUGCGGAUUGGGCACACAGGUUGCUGAGGAGCGAGCUGGCAGAGGCAGAGGGGGGGAAGACAACUAUGGUGGGAGGGGAAGGCGCGGGGGGGCCUACAGUUAUGGCAGGAGGGGCAGGAGGGGCAAGAGGUCCGUGGCGCUGCUCCCUGCUGCGCGCCGAAAAACGCCCUCAGUUGCUUGAAGGGAGGGAUCUGCCCCCCUGCACACAGCUCCGAACAGCGCAGCCGUACUUUAGGAACUCCGCCCCCGUGAUAGGCGCCAGCAGUUUCUGCUUCCAUAGGUACACCCACCAGGUGGUGACACCAGAGCUGAACGGGCUGGCUGGCGCGUGCACUGCUAAUCCAUACAUGCCCCUUUCUUCCCUUCCAUUCCCCCCCAUCCCUCUAUGCCCCAUCUUUCGCCCCCCAGCUCAGAGCGUUCCAGAAAGACCCCCUCAAGUUCAGAACCCUCUCAAUGUGACUUCAGCUCAGAGGCAUGGGAGGAACGAGGCCUGCUGUGCUUCCAAGUCAGGGCGCUCCAUCAAGUUCGAUUCAGACUUCAACCCACCCAUCAAGUCCCCUCUUCGCCCAUCCAACCACCCAUCAAGUCCCCUCUUCGCCCAUCCAACCACCCAUCAAGUCCCCUCUUCGCCCAUCCAACCACCCAUCAAGUCCCCUCUUCGCCCAUCCAACCACCCAUCAAGUCCCCUCUUCGCCCAUCCAACCACCCAUCAAGUCCCCUCUUCGCCCAUCCAACCACCCAUCAAGUCCCCUCUUCGCCCAUCCAACCACCCAUCAAGUCCCCUCUUCGCCCAUCCAACCACCCAUCAAGUCCCCUCUUCGCCCAUCCAACCACCCAUCAAGUCCCCUCUUCGCCCAUCCAACCACCCAUCAAGUCCCCUCUUCGCCCAUCCAACCACCCAUCAAGUCCCCUCUUCGCCCAUCCAACCACCCAUCAAGUCCCCUCUUCGCCCAUCCAACCACCCAUCAAGUCCCCUCUUCGCCCAUCCAACCACCCAUCAAGUCCCCUCUCCCCACCGUUCCCCCGGCGGUCUUGACACGGCCCUCACGGCCCUCACACGGUCUUGA